ACAUAAUCAAAACCCUAAUUUCCUAUUGGAGUACGAAGGCACUCGAAGCCCUUCCCCACUUUUACGUAUCAAAGUGCUCUCGUUGAGAGGACAUGACAGACGCAUCGUCCACCACGACCGAACUCGACGCUAGGGUUCGCGAGAUGGGACACGCCAUGGUGCAGAUGCAGAGGGAUCUGGAAUACCGAUUCGAGCGGCUGGACGCAGCUCUGGCCACCAUCCAGACUGCCGUACAGGAGUAUUUUGCCUACUACGAAACGCCGCCGGAGGAAAGGUUACGAUGCGUAACGAUGAUGCUCGAAGGACAGGCAGCUGAUUGGUUUCGAUGGCAUCGGAACAAUGGCCUAAUCACGGAUUGGGAUGACUUUGUACGGAAAUUCAAGUUAAGGUUCGACCCGCUUCAUUAUGUGGACUACGUGGGUCAAUUAGCAUGGGUCCGACAGACAGGAGGAGUCAUGGAGUACCAGGCCACUUUCGAGAAGUCCUUUGCGUUGGCACGGGAAUUGGAGGCAAAACACCAAGCCAUCGUGCAUUCGGUAGGGUUGAAGAGUUCGUCGUGGGGUACCAACUUCAAUCGUGGCAAUCCUAGCCGGGCCGUGUCAGAAGGAUCCGCUGGGUCAGUAACCAAACCAGCCCAGAACAGCAGCGGGGUCAAAACUACAUUCAAGGGGCGAGAGUCCUCCAACACACCACCCAUCAAGAGCCUCACCAGAGCCGAACGUUUGGAAAAAGACGCGAAAGGUUUAUGCUAUAAUUGCGACCAAAAGUGGCACAAGGGACAUAAAUGCGGGCGAUUCAUUCUGAUCAUGGGUGAAGACGAUGGGGAGGAGGAGGAACCCGAAGAAGCUGAAGAAAUUGAGGUCGCCGCCGACAUCUCGAGUUUGAACAGGCUGAGUUUGGAGAGAGUGGCAGCGUUCCGAGUCUACGUCGGAAACGGUGACUCACUUUGCUGCACCCAACAAUGCCGGAACGUCGCCUUAGAGCUGCAAGGCACGACCUUUUCAGUAGACCUGUAUGUCCUCCAAAUCCACGGGCAUGAUGUGGUCCUAGGCGUCCAAUGGUUGAGGGGUCUGGGGCACGUCCUACACGACUACGAAAAGGUGACAAUGGAGUUUUCCUGGGGAGAGCAUACAGUGACACUACGGGGGAAUGCAGUGGUCCCUAAGCAAACCUCAUUGCACCACUUGCGGGCCUUGCAUGCACGACAAGAGGUAGAUGCCGGAAUUCUUCUCAUGGUUGCCGAAGCCGAAGACACGGAAAAGGGAGAGUCUGGAGCGUUUCGAUGCAGUGCGACACACGAGGGGCUGCCGAGGGGAAUUGCAGCGCUCCUGGAGCGUUUCGAUGAAGUGUUUAAGGAACCUCAGGGCCUGCCUCCACAUCCCGUACCGCCAGCAUUCCGUGGUUCGUCGGAGUUCACAGAAAUUAGAAAGACGGUACUAUGGGCCUUAUCGGGUGCUAGCACGGAUUGGAGAGGCGGCCUAUCGCUUGGAAUUACCGCCGGGGUCACGGAUACACCCCGUGUUCCAUGUCUCCUUGCUGCGGCCCUACUAUGGAGAGUCACCCGAGCAGGAACAACUCGCGCUACCAUCCGAGUUCGUGCAUGGGCAGCCCUUAUCGGAGCCAGCCGGAUUCUCGCCGAGCGUCAGGUUUUGGUGCGGGGAAGACCGGAAAAACAAUGCUUAGUGGAAUGGACAGAUGGGGGACGGGAUGACGCCACGUGGGAACCAUACGACCGGCUUCACCAGUGGUUUCCGGCGUUACACCUUGAGGACAAGGUGGCUUCGCAAGAGGAAGGGAAUGUUACGCAUGGGUUGCAUGGGUCUCGGAAGGAGAACCCCAAUGAGCGGGACAGCCCGGAGGGCCGAGCCAAGGCUAAGCAGACCAAAGGGGAAAGGAAUUUGGGCCGUGAGAAGAUACGUGAGCCGCGGACGAGGAAAGCACCGGGAUGGCACGACGAUUACAUUUUAAAGUAAAUUAAUAGUUUUAAUAUAUUUUAAUGUAAUAGAUUUUCUUAGGUGGACGAAUUAUAAGUCCCUUCAAGGGUUUUCUUUUCGGUUCUUUCCCUUGACGCCUUUUUUGAACCGACAGGGUAGACUAGGGUUAGGGUUUCAACAACUAUAAAUAGCGGAUGUAGUCUUCUUCUUCCAUGAUCACAUAAUCAAAACCCUAAUUUCCU